AUGGCACUGGUGCAGCCUGGCGGGCGGGCAGCCGGGCAGAAGCCGGGCGAGGGUCCCCCGCGCUCCCGGCGGCGGGGGCAGCGGGCAGGCAUGGCGCCGGGGCCCGGGCCGGAGCCUAUGCCGGGCUACGCGCAACUGCUGCAGCGGAGCUACCGGAGCCUGCUGGACGCGGCGCGGGGCUGUGCGGACUGUGGCUGGGAGCGAAGCCGCCGAAGCUGGGCCCAGCACGCGCACCUGGCCGCCGCCGAGCUGCUGCUGCUGCUGCUGGCCGGCCUCGCCUGGACCGCGCUGCGCCAAGCCGCUGCCGCCGGCCUCUUUCGGCCGCUGGCCAGAUGGUGCCAACUGCAACCCAGGGAUGCUGCCAAGAUGCCCGAGAGUGCCUGGAAAUUCCUUUUCUACUCCACAGCCUGGGGGUACAGCGCUUACCUGCUGUUCGGCACCAACUACCCCUUCUUCCACGACCCCCCUUCCGUCUUCUACGACUGGAAGCCGGGCAUGGAGGUGCCCAGGGACAUCGCCGUGGCCUACCUGCUGCAGGGCAGCUUCUACGGGCAUUCCAUCUAUGCCACCCUCUACAUGGACGCCUGGCGGAAGGACUCGGUGGUGAUGCUGCUGCACCACGUGGUCACCCUGGUUCUGAUCGUCUUCUCCUACGCCUUCAGGUACCACAACGUGGGAAUCCUUGUUCUCUUCCUCCAUGACAUCAGUGAUGUCCAGCUGGAAUUCACCAAGCUCAACGUCUACUUCAAGUUCCGAGGGGGCGUCUACCACCGGCUCAACGACCUCAUCUCGGAUGUGGGCUGCGUCAGCUUCAGCGUCACCUGGUUCUGGUUCCGACUCUACUGGUUUCCUCUCAAAGUGCUCUACGCCACGUGUCACUGCAGCCUGCUCUCCGUCCCCGACAUCCCCUUCUACUUCUUCUUCAAUGCCCUGCUGCUCGCCCUCCUGCUCAUGAACAUCUACUGGUUUCUGUACAUCGUGGUGUUCGCCGCCAAGGUGCUGACGGGCCAGGUCCGGGAGGUGAGCGACGUGCGGGAGUACGAUGAGGCAGUGGAGGGCGCCCCUCCGCCCCCCAAGUCCUGGAAAGAAGAGAAGCCUUUGAGGAAUGGGCUGGUGAAAGACAAGCACUUCUGAGGGGCUGCAGACCCCUGGGGACCCCCCUCUCCCUCCAGUUCCUGUCUAGUGCCCCC